AUGACCGAGUCAAAUGUAAGGAAAUGGGAGCACGUUCUCCGCGGGCAGCCUCUACCCUACCGUGUCUUAGAUGCCAACUUGCAGGGGGUUUUAGACAUGGAGGUGCGAGAAAACGAUGUCUUCGUUGUGUCUUACCCUAAAGCAGGCACCAACUGGCUCCGAGCCAUCAUUAACUGCAUGCUAAAAUGCCCAGAGGACCAGAACAAUAUGAGUCUGCCGCUCGAAAUGAGCAUGAGCAGUGGUACGUCACAGCAGGAGAUCGAGGCAGCGCCCCCAGUGUUCAAGAUCGUGCAAUCCUGGACUUCCCCCAGGGUGAUGUUUACCCAUCUGAUGCCGCACCUUCUGCCUUCUCAUCUGAGCGAGAGAGGCGCCAAGGUUGUGUAUAUUUGUCGCAACCCCAAAGAUGUGUCAGUCUCCUACUAUUAUUUCCGGAAGACUCUGCGGUCCAAAGUGCAAGCUCCUUCACUGGACGUGUAUAUUCAACAAUUUAUGCAGGGGGAAGUUGUUUAUGGAUCCUACUUCACCCAUGUCAAGCAGUAUUGGGAGAUGAAAGACAAAAGUAAUUUACUUUUCAUCAAAUACGAGGAUCUAAAAAAGGAUGAGAAUGCUGUGAUCGGUGAAAUUGCGACUUUUCUCGGCCGUGAUCUCGACGCAGACGAGAUCGCAAAUAUCUCAAGGCAGUGUUCCGUCCCGAGCAUGCGCACGACAUUCAAGACGGCAUCACAGGCGGUGUCAGUGAUCAUGGACCAAUCAAAAGGAGAGUUCGUCAGAAAAGGUAAAGUCGGAAGUUGGAAAGAGACUUUGACGGAGGCGCAGAGCCAACGUUUCGACACGCUACUCAGCGAUCAUCUUGCUGGAACUGGCCUUACUUUUGAUUUUGAAUGACAGCAGCCUACAAGGAAGAACAUCAAGUCUUUGAACAAAAAAUAUCAUUGGUGUCAGUGUAAACAAAACAUGACAAACGACUCAGGAUCUCUGUGACAAACAAAAUGGUCAACCUUCUAACUGGGAAAAGGUUUGGCUCUUGUACCCAAACUACGUCUCGCGUGGCAUUAAAAA